UGGCCGAGCUGCGGACCCAAUUGCUCAACGCGCUCAGAACCGUCGAUCCUGAAUCUGUGCCCGCGGUGCAGAGCGAUGGCGGCGGCGGCGGCGGCGAGAAAUUCCUCAGCAAAAACUUUGAUCUGGUCCGCAAGAUUGAAGUGCUGCAGCAGAACCUGCGCGUCCAGACGGUAGCACGUUCAAACGCCGAGGCCCAACUCGCCGAGCUGAGAGCAACUAGGAACGACUCCCCCGGCCGGCCGCGACUCGAGGAAAUAAGCCCUAACGAAGCCCCUUUCAACGGCUCUCCGACACACAAGCGGCCCAAGCAGAACGGCCGUCACUACUCCAACGCCUCGACCCCCCCUCGGCGCUUUGGUAACAACGAUGGCGACCAUUUGCAAGACUCGGUUCGCUCAGACCGCACGGCAGACAUUCUCAGCUUCAACAACCGCAUGGAUCUCAAGGCCGAGGUAGAGGAGCUGCAGAACCAACUGCAGCUCGCUCAGAUACAGAACCGCCACCUCCAAAGCCAGAUAGAGCGCUCUACCCCGGCCCCUCCGGACACAUUCCCGGACCAGAGCCCAUCGUUGCGCCGAGUACAGAAGCUGGAGAAGGCCAACAGCCGGCUCCACGACAUGCUCGACGAUUCUUCCAAGAAGGUGUCGGCCUUGGAGAAGGCUCUCCGCACUGGGGAACUGUCGCUCCGUGACAUCCAAACCAAGUCUCAUGAGGAGAUCCUCGAUUUUGUCAAGAGCCAAGAAGAGUCCCGCCGGUCGCUUCUACACAGCCAUAAAGACACUGUGGCAGAGCUGACUGAUAUCAAGGAACACUUUGACAAGCUGAGACACGGCCGCGCCAAGCUCGAGGUUGACUUGCGCGACGCAAGAUCGGACCUCCAAGAGAUGUCGUUGGCCAGGGAUCAGGAGGCUGGAAGUCGGAGCCAGCUGCUGCAAGAAUUCGCCGAUCUCCAGAUCCGGCUCGACGCCGAGACUUCCAAACUGGCUGAUGUAACAGCCAGUCUCAACCUCUACAAGAGCCGGGCAGACGAGUACUUCAGCAAGCUCGAACAAGCCGAGAUUGCCGUGCUCAAGGCUAACCGGGCCGAGCAGUUUGCGAGAACGCAAGCCAGGGAGGCUGAGGACAGCUGUGCCGAGAUGAUGUCGGAAAGGAAGCGCCUCGACUCGACCAUUGAGGACAUCCAGCACCAGAACCAGAGACUGGAGGAGAAGAUUGAAGACAUGUCCACUGAUCUCGAGGCUGCCACACAGGCCAAGAAGCGGCUGCAGCACGAACUGGAGGACUAUCGCAGCCAGCGAGCGAACGACAUUGAGGACAAGGAAUCGAACAUGGAGCAGAUGCGCAAAAAGUACCAAGCCGAGUUUGCCACCCUAACCAAGGAGCUCGACCUCGCCCGAGAAGAGAAGCUAUUCAAGCAGGCCGAAAUCUCUAGGCUGCGGGACGAACUGGACGAGCUCCGGUCCAAGUGGGACGACGAGGUGCUCAACAGUUCAACUUGGUCCAAGGAGAAGUCGCGACUCGAAGCUACCCUGUCGGACGUGGUGGCCUCCCGAGACGAGGCAGUCAGCGCCCACAACGAAGCCCAGGGCAAGAUCGUCUCGCUCCUUUCGCAGGUGCGAGCACUUCGGUCGUCGGUCGACGAGGUGUCGUCAGAGCGUGACAGCCUGAUCCGCGAGAAACGGAGCGUCGAGUCCCGACUUCAGGAGGCCAAGGCCGGUCUCGAAGAACUUGCCAACUGCGAGAGUCCCUCGCUCCGCAAUGCCGCCAACAUUGACAAGGAAAUCCUUGAACUCAAGUCGGGACUUGCGCAGCAGGAAGACAUUGCAGCGGCAGCCGUCGAGAAGAUGCGACGGGCUGAGGCACUCGUGUCUGAGAUCCAGAGAGACAUAGUCGCCGAGCGCGAAGGGACUGCCGAGCUCCAGAAGCAAAAGGUUGCGCUGGAAAAGGCUCUCAACGAAACCCAACUGAAGCUCAUCGAUCUCGAGACAAAGGGCUACUCAACUGCCAGCCACGACAUCAAGUUCCUGCAUAAGCGUAUCCAAGAGCUUGAGUCGCAAUUAGAGGCGCAGGAGAACGAACGCAGCAAGUCACAGCGCUCAGUCCGGAACGUGGAUCGCACCGUGAAAGACUUGCAGUCACAGAUCGACCGGAGAGAGAAGCAGAACAGCCAGCUCCAGGAAGAUAUAGGCCGCAUGCGAGACAAGGUCGACAAGCUCCUCAAGACCAUUGACGAGCUGCAGGCUUCUGAGAGCUCCAAUCAGCUGUCGGCGCGGCGGGCCGAGAGGGAGCUGCGCGAGGAGAGAGACAAGGCGCUCCGGCUUGAACGCGAGCUCGAGGGUUGGAAGAGCCUUCGUAUGGAGAAGAGCUCCGGCCUCGGUGGUAGUGUCGCAGGGAGCGUCAUGGGCGGCGGCAGCCCUCGCGGAAAAGACAGCAGCGGUGCCUUCAAGAAGAGGAUGUCGGGAUCCUGGGUGGCGCGCGCCGGCGUCGUCGGCAGCGAAGGCGACGAAGUCAAGAUCCCCCAGCGCAAGAGCAGCAUUAGCAGGGCGCCGAGCAUGACUAAAGGGUUCUUGUAAGAGAUAAGUUUCUGAAAAGAGACGAGGGAGGUGGGGGUUUGGGUGGAUGUGGUUUUUCCUUUCUCUUUUUCUUUUUCUUUUUGGUCUAGCAUGUUUUCGUUGUAAAGCCUAUCAGCUGGAUUUUUUUGUUUACGUCCUGGUAUGGAUUUCAACUUGGAAUUCUUUUAAUGGGCAUUGGCAAUGGGCAUGGAUCAGGGUCACGGAAUGCGUCUGAAUUGUUUGUUGAUAGUGGUACUACGGGGGGAGGGAGGCACGGAAUAGGAUUGGGUUGGAUUCCGCUCCAGGAGGAGGGAGGAUAGGAAAAUAAAACGAGCAGGCCAUAAAUUGAUGUCUAUUCCCUCUUG